AGACAUGAGAAGAAGGAGGAAACAAUGAGCUAAGGCAAGGGCAGAUCUCACCAAAAAGACAAGAGAAACACAAGAGUGAAAAUAAUUGGAGGAGUUCUGGACUGAGUGCAAGAAGAUGAAGCUCCUGUGUGUUGUCACAUUCAUCCUAAUGAAUGCUCUCACCUCCAGCCUUCCUCUGGAAGCUGAAACUAGACAUCGCAGAGCAGCUUCUUGCAAAGAGUGUCCUGCAGGAACGUACAGGUUAUCAUGCAAUAACUGUGCAAGAUGUCCUAAAGAUACCUUCACUGACAAGACCAACAAAGAGGACAGCUGCUUUCCCUGCUUCAUGGAUUGUAGAACAGAAUUACACUUGCAGGUGGUGAGUCCAUGCAGCUCGGUGGCGGAUGUGGUUUGUAAAUGCGUGAAAGGGACUGUUUGCGUUAACACAGACAGGUUCACAGGACAGUGCCUUAAAUGUAUGCAGCAGCAUACACCACCUCCACCUGUGGAGACCACCUCUCAGCCACCUACACAGACCCUCUCUCACACCAUCGCACAGACUACCUCUUAUGUCUCUCAUACUCCAGAGCAAAGCACCUUGUACACUCCAGCACUGUCCACCAGUACAAUGCUGCAGUUAUUUCUCCUAGUUUUUGCUUUAUUUAUUUUAUUCAGCAUCACUACAUUUUGUUUCUACAAAAGAAGAAAAAUAGACUGCUUAAAAAAAGGUUUAAAGCACUGUUCAGUUCGAAAUCAAAAGGAGGAGAACAAAGCAAUGUCUUCUGAAAUAAACAAGCCAAACAACAAACUCCAUUCCCAGGACCCACAUGCACAAACAACUAGCACUACUGAGACAGACUGUCCCAAUCCUCAGCCAGCCAGCAGAGAUCAGCCGCCACCUGCUUCUGGCAAUCUUGGUCCUCUCCACAUAUAUGGUGCAGGUACAGUGUUUGUCAGUUUGCUAAACCAAUUUGGACUGAAUGGAGGAGACAAGGAUGAAGACGAUCUUCGACAGCAGCCUUUAAACAAUAGUGAGAUGCAUUGUCCUCAGUCUCCUACGAUCCCCCUGUCCAAAGAGGAAAAGAACAAGGACAUCAGUUAUAUCUCUUUCCCCUUUCAGGAGCAAGGGAAGGAAUGUCACAUGUCAAAAGAAGAAGGAUUGUGAGGAUAGUGCUUUUUGUCUGCUGAGUAAUUAUUGCUUAUGGAGUCAGAUAACUUUGGUUUGCCUGAAGCCUGAAUCUUCUGCUGGUUGGGAUGUGAGCUUCUUUGAGGCAAAAAAGACCAUAUUAUCUAACUCUAACCUGGAUAUUAUGGCUUGGAACUUGUGAGAAAAGCUGUGUGUGGUUGCAUGUAUAAGCAUGCUUAUAUGUCAUCAUGUGUGGUGAGACACUCACUGUUCAUCACUGAAGCUAAAUAGAAAGGUCUAGCUAAAAAGGCCUGGAUAAAAACAUUUGGAUGCAAUGCAUAUAAUAUUUAAUGUCAGACAGUUUUUAAGUAUUUCAGCUUAAUAGAAAUAUAUAAUACUGUAGUAGUAACUGCAUUCAGAAUUAGGAAGAAUUUGCACAUUUAUUUUAUUUUAAGUUAUUGUAAAUCUUAUUGUUUCCCCCUAUGUACAUUUGUAUAAUUAAAUAUAAUUGUGUU